AAGGUUGGAAAACAAAAUUCCUUCUCCUUUUUUUUUUUUGAUAAGAGUUAACUGAAACUUCUUCCUCAUUUUUCCAACAAAAACUCCGGAUUUUUGGAGUUUCGUGAUAUUAUUCCUCUCUAUCUUCAAAGCCCACAUUCAACAGAUCCUGCAAAUCCUGUAAGUUUCAUGCUUUUCCUCUGUUUUCCUCAUUCAUUGACUGUAACCCAUCUCAGAGAGAGAGAGAUCCAGUGAGUUUUCGUGUUUAUAUAAGCCAUCGGAGAGAGAUGGUUUGUAUAGAAGAUUUGAACAAAACCCAAUCAAGGAAAAUGGAAGAAUAAUUCCAGAUUCAAUUUAUAUGCCUGAUAAGCCAUGAAUUCUACCACAUAUUCUGCUAUUCCUGUAAACCCAUCAAUCGAACUACAGCCACAAGAUCUUUCUCUAGGACCCCAACGAGAAAACACCAAUUGGGUUGCAAUAAAAAACUUAUCCUCCAUUGAAGACCAUGAAGAAGAUGAUUUCCCCCUUAUUCUUGAAGAAACCAAGGAUGGAUCAGGCAUACCAGGCGCUGUCUUUAAUUUAUCUACAACCGUUAUCGGGGCGGGAAUCAUGGCCCUUCCUGCUACAAUGAAAGUCUUAGGUGUUCCACUAGGCUUCGCGGUGAUAAUCUUAAUGGGGAUUGUAUCAGAAAUAAGCAUUGAAAUUUUGGUGAAAUUUUCGGCUCUUAAGAAUGCUUCUUCUUACGGAGACAUCAUCGAAUUUGCUUGUGGUCAUGGCACAAGAAUAAUUUCAGACCUCUGUAUAAUUAUCGGUAAUGGGGGGAUUUUGGUUGUUUAUUUAAUCAUCAUGGGUGAUGUGAUAUCUGGUUCUUCUGAGCACUUGGGUGUUUUGGAACAACUGUUAGGAGGAGAAGGGUGGUGGAACAAUAGGAAAUUGAUAGUUUUGAUUAUUUUGGUUAUAGUUUUGGCCCCACUUUGUGCUUUAGAGAAAAUCGAUUCUUUGAGUUUAAGUUCGGCUGCCUCUGUUGCUUUAGCAGUGAUCUUCGUGAUUGUUGCUUGUGUAAUCGCUUCCAUGAAGCUGAUUGAAGGGAAGAUAGAGACCCCGAGAAUGGUCCCUAAUGUUGCAUCUAAGCAAGCUAUUUUGGAUUUGCUAGUUGUUAUUCCCAUCAUGACGAAUGCCUAUGUAUGUCACUUUAAUGUUCCGCCAAUUUACAAUGAAUUGAGUGGAAGAUCCCCUCAAAAGAUGAACAAAGUGGGGAGAAUUACAGCCUUAUUAUGCGUAGUGGUCUACGCUUUAACCGCUACAUCAGGCUAUCUCUUGUUUGGAGAGAAAACUGAUUCAGAUGUUCUCGCUAACUUUGAUAAGGAUCUUGGGAUCCCCUUUAGCUCGAUUUUGAACUACAUUGUUCGGAUUGGAUAUGUCCUUCAUUUGAUGCUUGUUUUUCCUGUUGUCCACUUCUCUCUUCGUCAGACUGUUGAUUCAUUGGCCUUUAAAAGGUUGGGUCCCCUUUCAGAGAGUAGGAAAAGGUCAUUGGUUUUGACAAUGGUGCUUUUGGCUUUGACUUAUGUUGGGUCUACAAUGAUACCAAACAUUUGGGUAGCUUUUAAAUUCACUGGUGCAACUACAGGUCUCUCAGUGGGCUUUAUUUUUCCAUCUCUAGUGGCAUUGAGGUUGGAUCGGCAAGGAAAGGUUUUGGGCCAUGGAGAGAGGAUGCUUUCUUGGUCGAUGCUUACAUUGGCGCUAGUAGUAAGUGUCAUUGGAGUAAUUGGAAAUGUGUAUGGCAUGAAAGGUCGUUCUGAUUGAUCACUGUCAAUGCCUCCACAAAUGCUUGGCAUGGCCAUUCAUAAAUGUUUGAUCUCUCUCAAUCCCUCUACAAAAGGCUUGGGAUCACCAUUCAUAAAGGAGUGAAAAGGUGCUUGGAAAGUGAGUUUCAUGGUCAUGAAUUGGGAAUGAAUUAAAUUUGAUUAUGUCUUGUAUCAGGCCUACAAAUUUAUUUUUCAAUUUCCAAGCAAAGCUCUACCGCACAUAUUGGAGUUUUGCUUUGUAUCUGGUUUCAAGUGAUAGUUCGAAAGGAAAGAAUAGAGUAUGAGAAACAGAGAGUGCACUAAUUUUUUUUUUUUUAACCAUUAGUGCACUAAAAUGUUGGCUGCAACAUCGAUGGGAAAACAUGGUUUUAGUUGGUGGGGCAGGCUGUCCUAUUCCAAAGGGCUCUCUCUUUUAUAUUUAUUAUUCCACAGGUGAAGUUUUGAAUGUAUUGAGCUCGAAGUUCAUUACAGGAUUGGCUUGUCAUAAGAUUUUCACUGCUCAGAGUGUAAUACUUUCUUGAAUCCAAGUGAUUUAUUUUCCUUUA